AUGGACAAACUCAGUCGUACACAACCGGCGUUCACGGAGCCGGAGAUGGAGGUGGCUCUGCAGCUUAUUCAACUCUGCGGUGACUCCGAUGAACUCCAUCCAAACGAACUUAGUAAUUCCCCCUGCAACAUGUUAAAGACGACGAAUAGGAAAAGAAAACGAAGAAAAGAGAUCGUGGAUGAUGAUGAUGAUGAUGAAAGUCAAGGAAGUUGUACUUCCGGUGUUUUCUUCAUUACCCCGUCGUUUAUGGAUAUGGACGAUGAUGACGUCGCCGGAAGCAGAAGGAAGAAGAGGAAGUUUAGAUCCGUCGUUGAAAUCUAUCAGAUAAGUAACUAA